CCGUGUGGAAGAACUUGACAGGCCUGAACAGAGCCCUGACCUCAACUCCACCAAACACCUUUGGGAUGAAUUGGGGGGUGGCAGGUGGCCUAGUGGUUAUAGAGCGUUGGGCCGGUAACUGGAAGGUUGCUGGGCCGGUAACCCCGAGCUGACAAGGUAAAAAUCUGUCAUGCAGAUUGUAUUAUCUGAAAGGAGGGCGAUAUUGGAGGCUCUGCAACUAUCUUGUUCAUACCUCAGUCUUUGUACCAAAACAAACGUAUAUCUUGUGGUAGUCUAUGCCUCUCCGUGCUAAACACUCAGAUUCAGAGUCUCAUGGUUAUCAUGGACUUUAUGUGUAUCUCCCUCCCAGAAAUGACAAGGCCUAGCAUUCUAGCACUGUUAUUGUUUAUAUUGUACACUAUGCAAGGGCAGCUUGACUUGGGAGGGGAGAGACUAAAGAGAAUUUUCUGAUGCGUAAACCAAUAUUUACUUUUUGAAUUGGUUAAAUGUGGGUUAGGGUCUGGCUUAAGGUAAGGGUCGGUUUUAGAUUUGGUGUUUCCUGAUGACAGUUCUUCUGCUGACCUCUCUUCAGUAUGAGAGGAACGAUUCUACUGUAUAUCUCUGAUGCAAUUAAGUGUUAAACUGAAGAAUGUGGUUUCCACUAUGUUAUAACUGAUAUGGUCAAUUAUGCAAAGACAACAAAAUGUUCCGAUUCCUAAGGCACGCGAUCUAUGGAUGUGGUAUUCCUUUUUAAAAAGAUGGUGGUGUACUCACUUGCUGUACAUGCACAACAUUCAAUAUCUUAAACAUGCACUAUUGAUACAUCAGAAAUACUGUCAAGUUUUUACCUUUGGUCAUUAUUUGUAUUCUUAGUAUUAUUAUGAGUAAUAACUUGGACUAAUAAUUUUUGACUCUCUUACACUGUAUCUCUGUUUCUGUCUUUCUCACACUCAAAAGAAGCAAUAGUCUGGAUAAAAAGACCAAGUCCCUUUUUCUUUCACUAUUAAUUUGUAAUUUGGCCGUUGAGAGACUGACCUGGUAAACGUGUAGACUUGUUUGUCAAACAUGAUCUGCUCUGUUUGCUAUACAUUUACUUUACCUCGUGUGUACAUUGGCUGCGUUUACACAGGCAGCCCAAUUCUGAUAUUUUUCCCAAUUAUAGGCAAGAUGGCUUACCUGAUUGGUAAAGAAAAAAAAAGAAUUAGUCGGGUAAAGAAAAAAAAGAAUUAGUCAGAUAAGCUAUCUUUCCUAUAAUUGGGCAAAAUAUCAGAAUUGGGCUGCCUGUGUAAACGCAGCCGUAGAGACUAAAAUAUAUCGAACCCUGUAACUUCUUUCUGUUUUCUUUCCUUUGUAAUUUAUAUAAUGUGCACUACCAAACUUAACCAGUGACUGACUGUAGGUUUAGUUAAACCCACAAUACGUUUUUUUAUUCCGCUUUGUACUGUUUUGACAAAACUAUAAGAUUUGUUAUAAUUGUGUUUUAAACCUUACAAUCGUAGUUUUUUUUGUUCAUAUUUGAUCAAUAAAAUGUUUUGAAUAUCCGAUCCACCGUUCCUUGAUUUGGUGUUCUUUGAGUCAUUGCUGCCACCUACUGGCUCGUUUAUCACGGGCUUCUCAUCGGGACAUGUACGGUAACUUCUCUAUUUGCUUUAGUGGCGAAUAGCUGGUUUUCUGUUUACCUGGCGGUUACAUUUAGCUGUUCUUUGGUCUGUCCUGCAAUUCAUAACAAUUUUGCUGGUAUUCAGUCUAAAUGGACGGGGAUAUUUAUACUACGGCCACCACACCACCUGACUCCGACCCAGCGCGGAAGCGCCGAGUGCACGGUAUGUUGAAGCUCUAUUAUGGGUUGAACGAGGAAGGAAAGACCGUGGAUCAAGCAGAGUCGAUGAAUCCUUGCGAUAUAAACGGCACGCAUUUCGAUCCUGAGGUUUAUCUCAAUAAGCUUAGGAGGGAAUGUUCCCUUGGAGAGCUGAUGGACCAGGAGACCUGCAUGGUGAAACGGAUCCGCUCCUUGGACAGUGACAUGCAGACAUUGGUGUAUGAGAACUACAACAAGUUCAUAUCUGCCACAGACACAAUCAGAAAAAUGAAGAAUGAUUUUAAGAAGAUGGAGGACGAAAUGGAUUGUCUCUCUACUAACAUGGCUGCUAUCACAGAGUUCAGUGCACACAUCAGUGGGACUCUUCAGGACCAGCAUGCACAGAUAACCAAACUGUCAGGAGUCCACACUCUCCUUUGAAAGCUGCAGUUUCUGUUUGAGCUGCCUGCCAGGCUGAAUAAGUGUCUGGAGCUGCAGGCUUAUUCCCAGGCGGUGAGCUCCCAUCGUCGUGCCCGCUGCGUGCUGCAGCAGUACAGCCACAUGCCCUCCUUCAGGGGCAUCCAGGAUGACUGUCAUGCCAUCAUGGACAAGCUGGCACAGGAGCUUAGGCAGAAGUUCAGAGAUGGAGGUUCGAGUGCGAAGGACCUUUCAGAGUGUGUGGAGCUUCUGCUGCAGCUGGAUGAGCCAGCAGAGGAACUGUGUGACAAGUUCCUGAUCCACGCCCAGUCACGACUGGAAGCAAACCUCCGAGGACUGGAGGCGGAGCUAAGACCACCAUUGUCCUCUGGACCCACAUCAGUGAUAGAUCCCUCCAUUGGCCCUGCCCGCAGACUGUCAGCUGCACCCACUGCUGGAUCUCCCACUGACCCCACCUCUCCAGGCAAUCCCUUCCUCUCUUCCAGCUCAAGAACUGAUAUUCUGGAAUUCAUAGACAGAGGUUGCAAUGAAUUCGUCAGCAGCCUUUGCUUGGUCAUUGCCUCGUACCAAGAGUUGUUUGUCAACCGUCCACAAGAGGGUAAUCUGGCCUCCAAAAACAUCCCCCAUAUGGCCAUUGGCAAGCUGCAUGCUUUCGUGGAUGCCAUGGCCACCUGCUACUUCUCUCUGGUGGAGAGGAGGAUACAGGAGGAGAAAAGUGUUGGAGACAACUCUCUUCUGGUCCGGGCUCUGGACCGGUUCCACCGCAGGCUCCAGGCCGUGGCCAAACUGCUGCCUGGGUCUGCUGUGCCCAGCCAAGGGACUGAGAUCGUGGUGCGAGCAGCCAGGGAGAGGAUCAAGCAGUACCUGGCAGCCCUGCAGAGCUUCUACCUGGACAGCCUGAGAGACGUGAGGCAGGCCCUAGCAACCCCUCGGCUGGGUGGAAGCUCAGCUGGAGGGGGCUCUCAUCUGGCGGGACCAGCCACUGGGAAAGAUGCUCCCGCUAGCCUGCCAGAGCUCCUCUCCUGUCUGUCUGCCUCCAUUCUCAAUCAGAUCAAGUCAGUGCUGGCAUCAGUGCACCUCUUCACCGCAAAGGACAUCACCUUCUCCAAUAAGCCUUACUUCAAGGGGGAGUUUUGCAGCCAGGGUGUGCGUGAGAGCCUUGUGGUUAACUUCAUUAAGUUUGUGUGCCAGUCCUCACGUCAGUUCUGUGAGAGUGCGGGAGACAGGGGCGGCUCUACACCCCCUGCCCUCCUCCUGCUGCUGUCACGACUCUGCCUGGACUAUGAAACCUCCACCAUCACCUACAUCCUCACCCUCACAGACGAGCAGUUCCUCGUACAGCAUCGUUCUCCUGUAACUGCAGUCGCAGCUUUAUGUGGAGAGGCCAGAGAGGCAGCACAGAAGCUACUGAACCAUUAUGUUAAGGUUCAGGGCCUGAUCAUAUCCCAGAUGCUGAGAAAGAGUGUGGAGACUCGAGACUGGGUCAACACCAUCGAGCCACGGAACGUCCGUGCUGUGAUGAAGAGAGUGGUGGAGGACACCACUUCCAUUGAUGUGCAGGUGAGUCUUCUCUAUGAGGAGGGGACGAGGAAAGCCCACAGCAGUGACUCCAGCAAAAGGACCUUCUCUGUCUACAGCGGCUCUAGGCAGCAAACCCGCUAUGCCCCCAGCUACACACCCAGUGCUGCUAUGGAUACCAAUUUCCUGAGUAAUAUACACAAGCUCUUCUCUGAGCGGAUCGACAUCUUCAGUCCUGUGGAGUUUAACAAAGUCUCUGUGGUGACAGGGAUCAUAAAGAUCAGUCUGAAGACGUUCCUGGAGUGUGUCCGCCUGCGUACCUUUGGUCGUUACGGCCUGCAGCAGAUCCAGGUUGACUGCAACUACCUGCAGAUGUAUCUGUGGCGCUUCGUCUCCGAUGAAAACCUGGUCCACUUCCUACUCGGCGAGAUAGUUGGCAGCACUGCCCACCGCUCCCUGGACCCCGCUCCCAUGGAGCAGAGCGUGAUUGAGGUCAUCUGUGAGAGAGGUUAAAGGCCAGAGGUCACAUUGUUUGAGGAACUGGUGAAUUGUGAUGGUGAAAUUGAAGAGGGUGUAACAGGUUAAAACCAAAAAAAGGCCUUUGAAGUUAACUGAACAUUGAAAAUUGGACAAAGAGGGCUUUUACUUGAUACUCUCGAUUCCCAUGAUGUAAAUGUGGGUCAGGAGGGGAUUGAGGUUACUAUGAAUGUUAUUAUGAAUUAUGUGAUGUUUGGGUGGGAUGCAUCUAUAUUAAUUUGAUUAGUAAUAACAAACAUUAUCAUAUGGUAAUAUGAAUUGAAUUUAAAAAAUCAAACUCAAACGGAUGUAAAGCAGAGUUGCGCCUCCUGCUUUCAAGGACGUGAUCUCAAUUUGCACACUAAAUACUGCAUUUCAAAUUCAAGGACCUGAUCUCAAUUAUUUGUAUUUCUCUUGUUUUCCCAUUGCACACUUAAUCUUGCAAUUUAAAUUAUACUAAUUAUGUUACAAUUCAUCAUCUCUGUAUGUUAUAUAAAGUGUCAGCAUUCUAAGUAA